UCAAGUAAUUUGUCUUGCAGUUUGCCUUGCAACACUGGCGAUCACGUAUGAAGAGAGAAAAGACUGCAGAGGAGAAAUUUCGAGAAAGGCCAUUGGUUUUAAGGAAAAGACGUGAAAAGUUGAAGAUAACUGCGAAUUGGCCUUUGUUUUAUUACCAUUUCAAUAGAGAUCACGCUCUUCCAAAUCUCAUAUGGAACUACAAGACGAGAGAAGAGUUGCGAGUAGCCUUAGAAUCUGAGAUGCGAGCCUUCAAUGAGGAUAGAGACAUCAGGUCGUCAGUUGUGAUAGCUUGGAAUCAUCAUGAAUUUGAGGUAUCGUAUCCCUCUUUAAAAGAUGAGAUUAAGAUUGGAGAUUACUACCUAAGGAUAUUGUUAGAACAGGAGAGUACGGCAUCCCAAGAAGACUCGCCAAUCAGAAAGUCGUAAGUGUUCUCUCAUG